GGCAUCUGCAGACGAGGCCCCGGAGACUAAGAAAGGGCUGUCAGCCCUUGCGCAGGUCUCCCAUGACCUUGUGGCCACCUGCGUUCUGCAGCAGGAGGAAAUCCUUCACCUGCAGCAGAGAGUGGACCAGAUGCUCGCACGGCUGCAGGCGUUGGAAAAACAGCCAGCUGCUGUAGCAGCCGCAGGGCCUUCAAACCUUGCCACCCGUGUUCAAGUUUUGGAGGACGACGUCAACAAUAUCAAGCGUGUGCACCAGGACUUCAGGACGUCGCAGAAAGCAACGAACUUGCAGUUGGAGACUCAGGUCCAGGCUGCUGCCACCGUGACGCCCGCCGCCGUAUCCUCCAGGCGCCCACCCAAGCUAGAUGACAUUCCAGUCUUCUGCGAUCAUUCCAAAGCGGAACCGAUCCCGUGGUGGCGCCAGUUUACUCUCAGGCUCGACAUGCACCAUGUCCCGAACAACGAUCGACAUCAGUGCUUGUACCACCGAUCUGGUGGUGCGUGUCAAGCAUGGUUGGACAACAUCUUGACCAGCCACGGCGUAGCAGUGCCGGAACUGUACACCAAGCUCACUUGGCAGGAGUUGACUGACGCCUGGCACAAGCGAUUCCAAGUGGAGCCGCCCGACCUGCAAGCGAUGGACAAGCUCAACAAGCUCUAUCAGAACACGCUGCUCAGUCAGGACUGGAUUACCGAGUUCCAAAGACUCGCCUCCACACCUAACCUGCCGCUCGCCUUCCGCGCCAUCAAGCACUUGUUUAUCAUGCGCUCGUGUCCAGCUCUGCAAAACGCGCUGACGCAGAUUGCGGAGACACUCGACACAUCUGACAAGUUUUUCAGCACAGCGUCACGGAUCAUUCUCACGAAUAUCGAAGCCCGCAACGCCGGCCGAUCUUCCGCGACGACGAGCGGCACCCAGCCCAAGCCAAAGGUGGCUUGCAUUACUUCUACCGAGGCUGCAACACCAAACGAGGGUGAAGUGUUGGCAGCUGCCCGGGAUGGUGGCCGGCCGCGAAACAACCACGGCCGCGACAAGACGAAGACUCAGUCUACCUCUACACCGAGCACCGGAUCAGCAGCCGACGAACCUUGGGCGCAAUACGGACUCUCGGCGAAUUCCUAUCGCACGCGACUCAAUGCCUUUGGUGCAACAGCACCAUCCACGAUGCUGCACAUUGCCCCACCAAGAGGAAACCCAGUCCAGGAAAACGAAGUCGCGGUGGGGGACAUGCUUGGCUAUGUUGCCAAGGUGCCCCGCGAGUUUGUCUCGCAACGGUACGAAGAAAACAACGCACCGUUGCUCUACGUUCGCAUUCAGAUUGGGCAAGCGGCGUGCAACGCUUUGCUAGAUUGCGGCGCAACUCGCAACUUCAUCAGCCAGUCCUUCAUGACUCGGGCUGGCCUUGGCGCACAAGUACUGAGGAAGUCACAUCCGACGACGGUCGCUCUUGCCGACGGUAAGACGAAACAACCUUUAGACCGUUACAUCUCGGCUGUCCCGGUGUACUUUGCACCGCACGCAUGUGAACCCGUCACUUUUGACAUGUUGGACACCGACUUCGAUAUCAUUUUGGGGAUGCCAUGGCUUUCUAGCACGGACCAGACGGUCAAUUUCCAUCGACGCACGCUCACGAUUCGUGAUGCAACUGGCGUCGAGGUCCCGUGUACUAUUCCUCCUCCUCGCUCUUCCAUUCGGUGUCAAGUCGGAUGCAUUUAUCGCAUGUCCGAGGAGGAGCUCACGGUUCUCCGUGCGCAACUCGACGAUCUACUUGACAAGGGUUGGAUCCGCCCUAGCAGCUCACCUUACGGUGCGCCCGUUCUCUUCGUUCGGAAAAAGAACAAGGACCUUCGACUUUGCAUUGACUACCGAUGCCUCAACGCACAAACCAUCAAGAACGCGGGGCCUCUACCUCGCAUUGACGAUUUGCUUGAGCGAUUGGGCGGCGCCAAGUACUUUUCCAAGUUGGACCUCAAGUCAGGCUACCAUCAGAUUUCCAUCCGCCCGCAAGAUCGGUACAAAACCGCGUUUAAGACACGAUAUGGGCAUUUUGAGUGGGUAGUUAUGCCUUUUGGCCUCACCAAUGCCCCGGCCACCUUUCACGCGGCCAUGACCACCGAGUUUCGUGCUACGUUGGACCGCUUCGUCUUGGUCUACUUAGACGACAUCCUCGUCUAUAGCCGAACUCUAGAGGAGCAUCUCGAGCACCUUCGCUGUGUUCUAGAGACUCUUCGGUCAGCUCGGUACAAAACUAACCACGACAAAUGCGAGUUUGUCCGGCAAGAGCUUGAAUACUUGGGUCAUUUUGUCUCUCCGGAAGGCAUUCGUCCGUUGGCGGACAAGAUUCAAGCCAUCCAGGAGUGGCCCGAGCGGAAGAAUGUGACGGACGUCCGAUCCUUCMUYGGCUUGGCCGGUUAUUAUCAGCGCUUCAUCAAGGGUUACUCGAAGAUCGCGGCCAACCUAAGCAAGUUACAAAGCGAGGAGCGGCCUUUUGACUUCAACGACGACGCGCGCCAUUCUUUUGAAACACUCAAAGCGGCACUCUUGUCCGCGGAGGUGUUACAUAUUUACGACCUGCUUCUAGCUACGCGCGUCACUACCGAUGCAUCGGGCUAUGGCAUUGGGGCCGUCCUUGAGCAGCACGAUGGCACGGACUGACACCCGGUCGAGUACUUUAGCAAGA